UAGGACUAGAGAAGCCAACCCUGUCUUGCUCCUAUUAAUAAGGAGAUAUUAUUGCAGGAGAUGAGUCCACGAACCCGCGUCCUCUUCCCGUUCCAUUUCCACAGCAGCCAGCUCCCUCCACUUGGUCCGGGGGCGGGCAUCCAUGGACUCUUCCUCCGAGGCGCCGCUGCUGCUCAGCAGGGGGAACAGUCACAAGGAGGUGCCCCAUGAGGCGGGAGGCAAGCGGCAGCGGUGGUGGAGGGAGGCGGCGGAGGAGUCCGGCCGGCUGGCUGCGCUGGCUGCGCCGAUGAUCGCUGUGGCGCUGCUGCAGCUGAUGAUGCAGCUCAUCUCCACCGUCAUGGUGGGGCACCUCGGCGAGGUCGCGCUUGCGGGCGCCGCCAUCGCCAACUCCCUCACCAACGUCUCCGGUUUCAGCGUCCUCAUAGGACUGGCAUGCGGAUUGGAAACUAUUUGUGGGCAGGCCUAUGGAGCAGAACAGUAUCAUAAGUUAUCCUUAUAUACCUACAGGUCCAUCAUUGUACUUCUUAUUGUGAGUGUGCCCAUCGCCAUUGUAUGGGUUUUCAUUCCGGAAGUACUUCCUCUCAUAGGUCAGCAACCAGAAAUUGCAAAUGAGGCUGGGAAAUAUGCAUUAUGGCUUAUCCCUGGUUUAUUUGCCUUCAGUGUUGCUCAAUGCUUUUCAAAGUUUCUGCAGUGUCAGAGCCUCAUCUUUCCUAUGGUUCUUAGCUCCAUGAUCACACUCGCUGUAUUUAUUCCUCUGUGUUGGUUCAUGGUUUAUAAAGUUGGUAUGGGUAAUGCUGGAGCUGCUUUAUCCGUCAGCAUCUGCGAUUGGGUUGAAGUGAUUGUCCUUGGUCUUUACAUUAAGUUCUCGCCUUCUUGUGAGAAAACACGUGCUCCACUCACGUGGGAAGCUUUUAAAGGAAUUGGCAGUUUCAUGCGUUUGGCUGUACCGUCGGCUCUUAUGAUUUGCCUUGAGUGGUGGUCUUACGAGCUGCUUGUUCUGCUUUCUGGGAUCUUACCAAAUCCAGCACUUGAAACUUCUGUGCUUUCUAUAUGCAUAUCUACAGUGGUACUGUUGUACAAUCUUCCUUACGGUAUUGGAACAGCUGCAAGUGUUCGUGUCUCGAAUGAACUAGGUGCUGGCAACCCAGAAGGUGCCCGCUUGGUGGUAGGUGUUGCUUUGUCUAUUGUAGUUUGUUCAGCAGCACUGGUGAGCACAACUCUUCUCGCAUCGCGUCACUUCAUUGGAAUUGCAUUCAGCAAUGAGGAGGAGGUUAUAGAUUAUGUCACCAGAAUGGUGCCCGUACUUUCCAUUUCAGUUAUUACAGACAGCCUCCAAGGAGUCCUUUCAGGUGUUUCUCGGGGCUGUGGAUGGCAGCAUUUAGGCGCGUACGUUAACCUGGGUGCAUUCUAUCUUGUUGGGAUUCCAGUUGCACUCUUUUUUGGUUUUACAAUGCAACUAAGAGGAAUGGGAUUUUGGAUUGGCAUGAUAGCUGGUGGAGCUACACAGGUCACUCUCCUAUCUGUGAUAACUGCUACUACAAAAUGGGACAAGAUGGCUGACAAGGCUAAGGAGAGAGUAUUUGAAGACAGGCUUCCAACACAACAAUAAGACUUGAAGAACUGCCAUGUCAAAAUUUUGAUGAGCUAAAGAAUGAGAGAAUUCUAAUUACUUUUGAUCUUUGAGAAAGGCAUCAUCGAUGUCCUUGUCACGCGUGAAGAAUUUUUUUACACAACUGGCUCUGUUCGGCAUGAUGUAGUUUGGUGGUGGACUGGUGGUGUUUUACUGUUAUUUUCUUUUUCUUGGUAUAGAUUGUUUUAUUGUUUUGUGUGGUGCCUAUCUUCUCUUGUAUUGGGUUCUUUUUGUGGGCGAACUUUGUAUUACUUAAUCACUGCCGGGCUUACAUUCUUCGUUACAAAGAUCGACAGUCUUAGUGGGAUCAGAUCUAAGCCAAACAACAGUUUUACCCUCAACACGAGCAUAAUUUGUUAA